UAAAAGCCCCUGCCUGCUGCAGUAGUCUCCCCCUUGACUCUUCUCUUCGUCCUUGACCGAGGGCGACUCUCUGUCUCUCUCUCUCCGCCUCCGCCGAGGGCUUCCGAGAAUCCACCAGCGGAGCAGCGAGACAGGGACCCCUCCGCCGUCACCAACACCGCCCUACUCGCCGCCGCCUCACCGCCUCCACCGCCAUCUUCUACGUCCUCCCGUCCCCGUACCGGAGAUCCGGCGGUUCUCGUGACCGGAAGAUAUUUGGCUUUGCACGAACAAGAUCUCACAUGGAGCCAUCCUCGCAGCCUGAGCCUGUCGUGGGUGUGGCCACUGCUGGGUCACAAGCAUAUCCUCCUCCUGCUGCCUAUCCAGCUCCAGCCAUGCCUGCCGCCAUUCCUCCUGGCUCGCAGCCAGCAGUGCCAUUCCCAGCUAAUCCAGCUCAACUCAGUGCUCAACACCAACUGGUUUACCAACAAGCCCAGCAAUUUCACCAACAACUGCAGCAACAGCAGCAGCAGCAACUUCGUGAGUUCUGGGCUACUCAAAUGGAAGAGAUUGAGCAGGCAACUGACUUCAAGAACCACACCUUACCACUGGCAAGGAUAAAAAAGAUAAUGAAGGCUGACGAGGAUGUCCGGAUGAUCUCCGCAGAAGCUCCUGUUGUCUUUGCAAAGGCAUGCGAGGUGUUUAUCUUAGAGUUGACACUUAGGUCAUGGAUGCACACUGAGGAGAACAAGCGCCGGACCUUGCAGAAGAAUGACAUUGCGGCUGCCAUUACCAGGACUGACAUCUACGACUUCUUGGUGGACAUCAUUCCCAGGGAUGACAUGAAGGAGGAAGGCCUUGGGCUUCCGAGGGUGGGCUUGCCACCUGCUGCUCUAGGGGCACCGGCUGAUGCCUAUCCUCCUUAUUACUAUGUGCCAGCACAGCAGGUACCCGGAGUAGGAAUGAUGUAUGGUGGUCAGCAGGGUCACCCAGUGGCAUAUGCGUGGCAGCAGCCUCAAGGGCAACAGGCCGAGGAGGCUCCUGAAGAGCAGCAGCAGUCUCCCUCAAACUAGCCAAGAGAUUGAUGCAAUGAAGCCAUGCCAUGAUCCUGAACUUGAUGCCUAUAAACUCAGGCUUGUGUUAAUUUAUUUCCGUCAUCGUUGGCCGGAACAGUUACUCAUGGUUAGGUCUUAGGGGGGGUUCCUAAUGGUAGCUUCGACGCUGGUAUGCUACCGGCGGUAGGAAAAAAAAGAUUGUGAUUUGUUAGGUGAUUUGAAACUGAUUUAGUAAACAGUACCUUCGUUUUCGCCCUAGUUUCUAUCUAAUCAAAUAUUCCAAA